GGAAGGGUGGGAAAGUGUCCGGACUGGAAGGGGGGGAAAGUGUCCGGACUGGAAGGGGGGAAAGUGUCCGGACUGGAAGGGUGGGAAAGUGUCCGGACUGGAAGGGGGGGAAAGUGUCCGGACAGGAAGGGGGGAAAGUGUCCGGACUGGAAGGGGGGGAAAGUGUCCGGACUGGAAGGGGGGGAAAGUGUCCGGACAGGAAGGGGGGAAAGUGUCCGGACUGGAAGGGGGGGAAAGUGUCCGGACUGGAAGGGGGGAAAGUGUCCGGACUGGAAGGGGGGGAAAGUGUCCGGACUGGAAGAGGGUGAAAGUGUCCGGACUGGAAGGGGGGGAAAGUGUCCAGACUGGAAGGGGGUGAAAGUGUCCGGACUGGAAGGGGUGAAAGUGUCCGGACUGGAAGGGGGGGAAAGUGUCCGGACUGGAAGGGGGGGGAAA